ACGCGUAGCGAUGGAGAAGGGAAGCUUUCGCCAUUGACAUUUUCGUGCCAAAGGAAAGCCAACUUUCGCUUGCAAGUUGCAUGUACUGAGGGGAAGAACAGGCAAGGUUGUUACUUGUAUUUGAGGAACCCUCUCAAAUAUCAGAUACAGUGAUGCGUACUCUCAGUCUCAAGUGCAUUUGAGGUACAAAAUCAAAGCCAAGAAACUAGCAGCACUCCAGGACGGAUAGCUCACCCGAACCACUUUAAUGCUCAUCUGAGUGUCACGCCUUGGCAGCCUCGAGGGAGGCAGAGAACCGUACAGGGAGAAAGAAUAGGAUGUGCGCGUGGGUGUCGCCUCCAGUCUGUCCAGCACCCUAGGUGAUACAUGUAUGUCCCUGUCCGAUGACCAUGGAGAGUCCGGACAGUGUUCUGUCUGCGAUAAACCGCUCAUUGCAGGACGGAUGGCAGGCUAAGCUCAACCAGGAUGGUCGAUUGUUCUACACGGAUCACAACAACAGGACAUCCCAGUGGAUCCCACCCCCAACCUGUUGGUCCCCCAAGGGGGAGUGUCUACCCUAUGGCUGGGAGGAGGCGGUGGACAAGAACGGGAAGCAUUACUAUAUCAACCAUGUGAGCUGCACCACCACCCGAGAGGAUCCCUAUGAUGUGGAGGACAUUCCGCCGGUGGAGAGGGAAGUAACGCUUGUCCGGGACAAGAUGCUGGGGUUUGGCUUCAUCGCCGGCAGCGAGAAACCUGUGGUGGUCAGAUCGGUCACUGAAGGGGGUCCAUCAGUGGGCAAGCUACUGCCCGGGGAUAAAAUCCUGCGACUGAACGGUGAAGACGUCAUGAUGAAGGACGGGCCCUACAUCAUUGAAAGAAUAAGGCAAUCGUCGGAGGUGAUCCGGUUGACGGUCAUCCAGCCCCACAUCGACAAGACGGGCCUCAAGUCCUCCUUCCUCAGCGCCAACAAGAAGCAGAAGCUGAAGACCAAGCCCUCCCGGGUUCGCUUUGCCGACAACAUCAAGGCUGCCGCCGUGGCCCCGGGAAAAUCAUCGCCGAGCCUUGUCUACCUUCCAAGUGUCCUUAAGGUGUACCUGGAGAAUGGCCAGACCAAGUCCUUCAAGUAUGAUAACAAGACAACUGUCAAGGAAGUGCUGAGGAACCUCAAGGAGAAACUGGCCUUGAAGAGCAUGGAGCACUUCUCCCUGGUGGUGCACAGCAUGGAGGACUCGGCGCGAUUCCGCAAGUUCACCAUCCUCCAGGAAGAUGAAACACUGACCCAGAUUGCCAGCAGGCCUGGUAGUCAAAACUGGAAGUGCCUUCUCCGAGUGACCUUUGCCCCCCAAGAUGCCUACGACCUCCUCAGCAAGGACCCCAAAGCCUUUGAUUACUUCUACCUGCAAAGUUGUAAUGACGUCAUCGGUGAGCGCUUCACUGGCGACCUGGACAGUGACAAAGCCGUGCGGCUGGCAGCCUUACAGAUACAGCAGCAUUUCCUUAGCAGCAAGCAUUCCGGCAAGGUGUCACUGAAAGCCUUGGAGAAAGAAGAUGGAGUGGAGCGAUUCCUGCCCCCUUCGGUUGCCAAGAAGAUGAAGACCAAGGAGCUGAAGAGACUGAUUAGCCAGCACAUCAAACAGAGCCAGGGCUUGUGCACACCAGGCCAGAAGCAUUUGACUGAACUGCAGGCCAAGCUGCACUACCUGAAGAUAGUCUGUGACCUGCGCUCCUUCGGAGGAGCCUACUUCACUGGAACCAUGGUGCAGACCGAUGUUGACAGUGACCAACUGGCGGACUACAAUUGCACGGUGCUGGUGGGCCCCAAGUGGGGCAUCGCAGAGGUCAUCAGCCUGCGGGACAACGUGACAUCCCAGUUGGCCGACUUCAGUCAGGUGACCGACAUCCAGCUGAUCCCGCUGAUGGUGAACGGGGACUGUCUGCGGGUGGAGCUGCACGUCAAAAACGAGAAGCCCAUUGUGUUACUGCUAACUCACGACGACGCCUAUGACAUGGUGACUCUGGUGAAUGGUUACUACCGACUCUUCGUGGACAACAACCGAUCGCUCCUGCCUUCCCUCUACUCGCAUUCCCAAGAAACAGAAGCACCAGCCUACCACAGUAAACACCGCGUGAUCUUGGCCGGAUGGAACUACCCCAAUGACCUGGCAUCUGAGCUGAUCCGGGGCUCAGAGGAGGAGGGUGGGCGGAGUGAGUGGGAUAUUAGCCGGAUAGGAGAGGGGGAGUACCUUGUAGACCUGUGCGCAGGACCACCAGCAUAUGAAGAGGAUGUCAAUUACAUUAACAGAUUAAAAUCGCAAGGCAGGUACCAUCCUAUGGAAGCUGCAGGGGGACAGCCCGAUGGAGCUGUCAUGUCCUUCACCAUCUAUGAAGAGGGAGAGGAGGAAGAAGAGGGAGUCCUCCACCAGAAUGCAAACAACUCCCUGGAUGGCAGUGGUGGCAUUUCAAAGUCGGACACAAGUACCAUUUCCUCCUCCUCCUCCUGGAGUGAGAAAUCCCUUGACCUCACCCGCCUUUCGGACAUGGUGGAGGACAUGUUUGAGGUUAAAAUGCCGGACGCUGGGGAGGAUGAGAGACCGGGACCCCCAGUGAGCAGGCAGGAAAUGACCAUCGAUGGAUCAGACGAGAAGGUCUUCUCGGAGACUGAGGAGGAUCAGGCUGGCAGGAUGGAGGCCAGGAAGCCACUGACCAAGCAUGUUGACAUGAGUGACACGGUCGCCUUGUAUUCACCCACAGAGGAGGAGACUGAAGGACAGGUGAGGCUGCUUCAUUAUGCCAUCUACAAUGAUGACAGCUUGAUUCCUGUUAGGGAAAUCCACAAGCCACUAAUCGAAGAUGACAAACAUCUGAGGGAAGCGGAAGAGGAAGUCAGCAGUGAUUCUUGUGCAAUGUCGCCAUCCCCAUCAGAAGAGAAUGUGAUAGGGCAGAAGACAGUAUUGAUGCCACAGGACUCAGUACUUCUGGCUCAUACUAAAAAGAAAAAGACAGGUGAAGGAAACCGAGAGACGAGUGACAUUGAAGAUCACCAGGACUCAAAGAUGGAGUCUUUCCGCAACUACUCUUCGUAUUCCAACUCUAGUGUGGACAGUGACAUCGUAGACCUCACGCAUGUGUCCUUCACUGACAGCUCAGCAGGAGAGGACUCUCCCAUUUUGCAAACAAAUCCAGAGAUUCUGCCUAUGGACCUCUCCACAGUUUACUCAGGGGAUGUCAGCAAUGAGACAGACAAUCUUCAACCUGAUAUCAGAGGCACUUGCGACUCCCCAGUGCCUGUGUCCAUCAUCGAUCUUCCGUUGCCUGAUCAGAAUGAGGAGGAGACUGCAGACCAAGCCCACGGCAUCCAGCUUGCAGCCCUGGAUGCGAUAAAUGUCAGCAUUGACCAGCAAGGAGAGCUUUUGGACAGGUCCCCGCACCGAGACCCAGAGUGCGAGUCUGAUUCAGGAAAUGAGACCAUCUCCUCAGAAAUCAUAGACAACGGCGUUACAGACGAGCCGGGUGCAAGCCACUCCCCUUCUGACUACUUCAGCAUGAUUGGAGGCAGGAGAUCAAAGAUAGAACCAGCUGAUCGGGACCCUACUCCAACACCAGAGCAGGCUGAAGAAAUGCAAGAACAGGACAUUGCGCCCAACCUAGUCUCUUCCUGUCUGGGAUCUGAUACCGACAGUGUGUCCACCCUUCAUGGCAGCAGUCCCAACCUAAGUGCCCUGGAAGGUCCAGAGAGGGCAAUUGAUAACCAAGAACAAGUUGACAGUAGAGAAAAAGGGGAGAAUCAAGAUGACCUGAUAGUUUCCCUAAUCAACUCACCCCCACCUCCUGUGGAAUCAGACGAGCUUGAUGAGGAAUUGAUGAAAGCUGUUAUCCCCCCACCUCCAGUUUCAGACUUUGACAUUGGGGUUAUAGAGUCGUUGAUAGUCCCGCCACCAUCCAAAUCCCCUGCAACUUCCUCACUAGCCUCACCUACAGAAUCUCCUGUGAAAGUGCAAGACACAACCAGCAGCCGUUACAGCACUACAGUCAUGAUCAACUUGACGGGAGGGAAAGCACUAGGCCAGCAGAUCAAAGCUCUCGAGAUAAAGGUACCAGAAGAACAUGAGGACAACCACAGUCCUCCCACUUCAAGCCCCAGGGAAGAUACCCCUGUCAAGCCAUUGUUGGAAGCAGUAGUAGAAAGGACGAGGUCUCCAAUCAAGACCAGUCCCCGAUCACCUGCUAAGAACCAGGCAACCCUCAUUGUGGGAGAACCUCAUCCCAGUUGUUCCCAGGAGAGAAGCAGACCUCAGAAAAUCAUUUCCAACACGAUGUCCUCCAGCCAGGACAGUGGAUUCUCCCAGCCUGAUCCCGGUGAUCUAGAGCAGAAGGGAUCAGUCAUGGUCAGUGUCACUGUUGGAGAGGUUUAUGACAAGCCAGAAGUUGAACAAAGUGUUGGACAGGCAGGAAUACAAUGUGUGGGUCAAAAAUCAGAGGAGUUCCUCAGGGAUAAAAACAGAUCAGCGAAUGAUACCAGAGGCAGUGAAAAUGGUUCAUCUUGUAAGGGGGAUGAGUGUGCCAAUUCCAAGACUCUUCAAACCUGUUCAGGCUCUGUAUCUGGAUGUCCAGAUAACAUUGAGGCGGACUGUAGAACUAAAUCUUCCAGUGCUGAUCCUAAGGCAGAAAACCAGACUUCACAGUUGAGUAAAGGGCAGGAGCCACAUGGGACAAAACCAGCCCCUGAGGUGCCCCCCAAACCAGCUGUGCGACCCAAGAUGGAUCGCCAGGAAAGUGUGGACAGUCUGACCGGCGGGGAUUUUGACACUUCCGAGCCCUGUGAGAAACUAGAGGCAAAGAAGACAUCCAAGAAUUUACCUGUGCCUCCUCCGAGGAAGAGAUACUCACCAGGGUUAGCAAAGAAAACCUUCCCGAAUGAAGUCGACAUUGGCGUAAGUGGUGAUGGAAAUUCCUGUGGCUUUUGGCAAUCAUCAUCUCUGAAAUUGAAUCAGGAGAAUGGGGAAUAUCUGAGAAAGAUCGAAGAGCAAACAAAGCCUGUGAAGCGGUCCUCAUCCUUUGCACCAAAAAGUCCUCUCCUUCAUUCCGCAAGAAUCAGCAUUUCUCACGAUGAUGAGGAUUUGCCUCCGAAUUCUUGUAAGGGAGAUAAUGUAAACCUGGAACCAGGAAGAGUGGAAAAUAUUGAGACAAGACAAACAACAAAUGUCAAGACUGUCCUCGGUCAGCGAUUGUCUGGGGACAUUGAGUUCAAAGAUGCCAGUGAAGGCAGUCGGCCAGUGAUGAGAAGCAAUACUUUCUCAGCUGGAAGUACCCCAGAGCUGAAGCGAAUCAAGCGACAGGCUCCACCGCCGCCUCCAAAACCUAUCAAAAACAAAGAAUCAACGUCUUCAGAAGGAUUGCCACUGUCACCCAAAGAAAAGCAAAGUUUUAAAAACUCUCUCAUGUCCUCCAGUCCCUCCUCUGUCGCAAAGUUGCUGUCCCCAAAGAGAAGUUUUUCAUUCCUUCGGGGGCCAAAACCUUUUUCCAAAAGCAGCAGAGCUGAUGAGUCCGUCCUGCCGACCUCAUCUACAGAGAAGAAGGAAUCCAGGAGGCCCAGACCACUGAGGGCCUUCAGGUCGCUGUCCCGUAAAGACUCCUACGAUGUCUCCAUGUUUGAUCACAAGCGAGACAAAGCUACUGAACCUACCUUCCGGGAGUGCUCUUCACUGCGAUCUGUUGGAGGCCUACAGAGACCUGGUUCUCUCGACCUGAGUGACAGCACUGAAGAAUAUGAACCAGCCUCCAACUUAUCCGUUAGUCACAGGGUAUCCCUUUAUGAAACCAAAUCAAAGUCAGUGGAUUCAGAGUAUCCACCUACAUCCUCACACUCACAACUCCGGCAGAGCCAAUCUCUAAGCCGGGCAUCGGGUCGGCCCAUCUCCUUUCCAUCCUCAACCCAGAAGUAUCCAGGGCCAGGAUCCAUACACGCAUCCCUACCAAAACGCCCUCCUCCUCCCAGACCUAACAACCCACCAGCCUCCCCAAGGAAGGCCAUGUACCCAUCAGAUGAUUCGCUGUCCUCCUCCUCAUCAGAGGUCCUCCCCUCUCCUGUCCCUCUUCCGAGCCCAAGCGGGCAGGACCAAGACAGCAACGACUCUGAUGACCUCUCCUCACCUCCUCCCCUCCCGGUGUCCAUGCCUCCUGUCAAAUCUAGACCCCGGGCCCUACCAGAGCACUUCAUCCCACCUCAGUCAUUCAAGAGCCCACAGUCCAACGGCAGAGGUGGUACCAACUCAGACACCAUAGACUCCUACACCUUGGAGCUGGAGAGCAAAGAGUACCAGGGCAAGCGGUCUGUCCCGAUGGCCCUGGGGGAUGUCCAGCUCCUAAUCAUUGAGCUGGAGGACUGCAUCCGAGCGGAAGAGUCGGCGUCUAGCCUGAUGCAGUUCCGGCUCUCAAAGGAGUCCCUGAUCUCGGAGGUGCGGGAGUUCACUAGCAACACAAAGAUGCUUGUGAGCAGCGCCGGGCAGUCUGAGGACCAGCUGGUCCGGAGCGUUAACAGCAGCAUGCACACUUUGGCCAGACUUUGCUCGGAUGCCCAGCAGACGAUGAAGGCCAUGGUGUCGGUCCUGCAGGCAACCAACCUGGGGAACAAGACGAAAGAGGUUGCUAUUAACUUCAGCAAUGUCCUCUCUGCUGCCACAGAGGCUCAUGGGAAGAACCUCCACGAUCCUUCCAUGCAACUGCUGCUACGGCAAGCCCAGACCAUGGCGGCCAUUCUGUCAGCCUUGAUGCGCACCCUACGCAUGCUCCAGAGCUAACAUUGGCAAAAGCUCCAUUUGUGAUGCAUCAUACAUGCUUGUGCACCAUUUUUUGUACAGAAAGAGAGUUUGAAAUUCCUGCUUUAGCUUUUUGCUAUUUUAGUUAUAAGGCAGAGUAGCUACAGAUUAUUAUUUCAGGAAUAUUUCAGACCUCUGAAUGCAAUUUUAUUUUGGACCAGAUUUUAAGAACUGACACACAAGUUGUUACAUUAUCUAACAUUAUAUCAUGGGUGGCAUGAUCUGUGCAGUUAUGUACAGACAGAUUUGUGCCUUUUUGAACCACAAUGACACAUGCACAUGCCUAAAAAUCAUCAGGUCUGGUAUCCUUAUCAUGCAGAAUUGAUUUUCACAGUGAUACGUCCCACUUUGUAGUCACCAGUAAAUUAUGGCAAGCAGCGUAAAUCCUCUGAUUGGAAGUGACUGUGGGCAAAUUGGAAGAUCUUAAAAAGCCCUUGGAAAUCAGGGACUGCUCAAAAGCCUUGAGUAAAAGUGGAUGUACACUUUUCCACUUGAAGGCAACAGAAAGAAUCUACAAUUCACAAUACCUACUCCAGAAUAAUAGACGGGGCAAAUAUUAUCAUUUUACCAUGGCGACGGACACCUCAAGUAGGCUGGAGUGGUUACAGAGCCUGAUAUUAUUGAGCCUUUUUUUGGGGGGGGGGUGGUUAAGCAGCGCAGAGGACAAACCAGUUCAAGAGGGGAUAGUGAAUUGGAGGCCGGGACGGGUCAGAGAGAACCACUUGACCCAGUCCAGGUGCAGAUGAGAGACAUUCAGAGGAGGCAUUGAAGAAGAUCAAGCACACAGAUCCUUGACCUUGGGCUGACCACGUUUCCCUUUCGGCAGCACCCACUUGCUUUUGUGGUCGCCAUUGAGAGAAUACCAAGAGACCUGAUGAUCAUUUCCUUGCCCCAGUUGGCUGUGCUGCUCAUUUGAAAUGUGGGUAAACAACCUCGAGGUGCUCAGUAGUGAUGAAAGACUCGAUUCUGGUUGUGACCCCAAAAGAAAAAAUUGGUUGCAGUGAAAUGGAAUACGUGUGUGUAACAAUAGUGCGCCUCCAAGAGUUUGUAACAUGUUGGCCAAUCACAGUGUGCAAAACCUGUCGACCCUUUCCAAACGUACAUUGAGUCGACAGAUUUAGUUCAUUGUGAUUGGCCUACACGUUGCAAACUCUUGUAGGGGCACUAAUGUGAAAAGCCCAUGUUGCUUUAUGCUAAGUUUCUUUCUCAAAGCUUUAGAGAAAUACAGAACGGGUAGACGCAAGUGUGCUCCCCUCCGUACUUGUGAACUUAGUCAUAAUUAUGUUGUGUCUGGCUGGGGAAUGUGUCCGUCACAAAGCUGGUCUGUAUUUUGACCAGACUGUGCCACCUAACGGGGUUUUUUUGGUUUUCUGUGAGGGGAAAGAGUGUCAGUUGUCUGGUCUUGUAGUCACACUUAUUAGAGGAUGAUUCUGUGAGGUGACACGUAUGGCCUGAAAAAUUAACUUUGCCAGGCAAGUUCAGAGGAGAAUGUGAUAGGAAACAUGGUAAUCCGAGGCUAAUUACCUUGAAGUUUGACUAGGUUUUCACAGGGUUUCCUUUGGGCGCCUCAUAGUAGCCCCAAGUUACUGUGCAUUGAAGUUAGCCUUCUCCCCGCAGUGAACCCCACGUGCUUGACCGUGCCAGGUUAUUUCAACAGCAGAAUAACCUAUUUUGUUCUUUUAGUGUCUUACUGGCAGAACAUGUGACCACAAAUGCACCAUUUCGCCUUUGUAUCACAUAAGUCAGCAAUUUGAAAAUGUAUUUUUUUUCAUGAAGGUGGCAAAAACGUUAAUGUAUUUGUACAGAUAAAUGUGUGGAUAGAUUUCACAGUUCUCAUUUUUACUUAAUGAAUUGCUCACUUUCCAUUGUACACAGUAUUGUGGAUAAACUGUAAAUUUUUUUAUACACUACAUAAAUAUAUACAAUUGAUACUCAAAAGGUUUUGUAUAUUUUAGAAGCAUCAGUCAGAUGGAAAAGUACAUCUAUUUAAAGUUUGCAUUUAGCAUCUUUGCAAUUUGUUUAUAUAGUCGGUGAUGAUCUUGUGUGCCUAAAAUUAAGACAAAAGAAACAAAAACGUCUCAGUACAAAAAAAAAUGGCCUUUUUAAAAUUAGAUUGUGUGUGAAGUACUAAUUGAGACCUUUAGACAGGUCCUCUUUUCACAGUUAAGUCUUUAAAGUUAUUCACUUCUCGUGCCACAUAACUAAGUACAAACUACAGUAAAAUACCCUGAUGACUAAAUGUCAGCGUGCAUAAGUAACUUUUUUAUUUCCUGUACAAUUCUUUCUGACAAACCUGUAUAUCUAAUGGUGUAUUCUUUAAAGUUAUUCACUUCUUGUGCCACUUAACUAAGUGCACGCCACAGUAAAAUAUACCCUGAUUGUAAAAGUGACCAUGCAAAAGUUACUUUUUUAUUUACUGGACAAUUCUCCCUGACAAACUUGUAUAUCUAAUGGUGUCAUUCUUUUAAGUUAUUCACUUCUUGUGCCACUUAACUAAGUGCAGGCCACUUUUACCCUGAUUGUAAAAGUGACCAUGCAUAAAUUACUUUUUUAUUUACUAUACAAUUCUCUCUGACAAACCUGUAUAUCCAGCGGUUUCAUUCAAACUGUAAAUAAUCAUUGCAAAUCUUGUAAAUGUUAUAUUUUUAUUUUCUUGUUUCCUUCCGUGUACUCAUUGCAAAUGUAGGCCUUCAACAUGUUGCAGUUUAUUAUUUCUUCAAUUUGAUGUAUUUAUUUGUUUUUGUUUGGUUUGGUUUGGGGUUUUAAAGUUUUUCUGUGCAUUCAGAUUAUUCGUGACCAGUUGGCUUUCAUUUUGUCUGUCUGUCAGACAGUCUGUCAGAGCAUGCACUUAAUCACCCGUAUGCUGCGGAUACUUGAGGGACUACUCCACAUGGAGCUAGGCACUUGUGUUUGUAUUGGAAUAUAGAUAACUGUCUUACAGCUACAUGUUUGUUUAGCUCAAUACCUUUGCAGAUUGUUUGCUGUAAGCAUUCAGCUGCAUGGCAGUUCUCCCUAGAAAUUUCAGAGAUUGGUCAGCCAGUACUGAAGUCCUUUUUUUUUUUGUAGUUGUUAUUUUGUUUUGGUUCGCAAGAGGUAAGUGAUCGUGCACCAACGUUUGAAAGUAACUUUAAAACGCCAUCAGCACAAAGACUGCUUUAUGUAAUACCAAACAAGACCAUACAGGGUAUGGUAGGCGUUCAGCAUACUAUAUUUUGGCCAAAUGGAAACAAGUCAAAAUCACUUUGCGGAGGUUGUGAUUAUUUUAUUGACAGUGUCGAAAGAACAGUAAAGUCACUAGACAGCCUGAACGGUCAGUUUAUUCUCCUACUGGCGGUCAGUUUUUAUAGCUCAUCAACUCGUUGAGAGAAGUAACAGUGCUUGACCUCAGUUCGUAAAUCAAUUUUAUGUUUAUUUUUCUACCAUCCUCUGGCAUAGCCUUCUUUUAAAAAAGUUGUUAUUCGAAAUAAAUCCUAUUGUACGGUGAAGGAGUACGUUAAGCACCA